AUGGUAGGCAAAGCCUCGUCCUUCGUCGAUCCGCAAGCAGAGAGAUGGCCUCGUCAAAGUCCAAUGUAUCUUGCUGGACCUGCAAGAGUAGGCACUGAUGGGGGUCUAGAAAGGAAAAUUGGCUGCGACAAGACCAUUCCUACCUGCAAGAAUUGUACUCGUACCAACAGAACCUGCGAGGCUUAUGGGCUGAAGCUGAGUUGGCCCGACAAGAUCGACCGGCGUCGCAAACCGUUUCAACACGGAACUACAUCAAAUCAUGAUGAGUCGACUCUCAGCUGCACACGUCGAUCAAAGUUCUCGCCGAUAUACUUGAUCAAUACUGGUGUUCGUGAUGUCCAGCUGAGCAACUGCUUCGUCCACUCGCAUACACGAGAGAGCGUCAUGCUCAAGCUUUCUUUACCUCCCCUUGCCAAACAACUGCCGAUGAGAAGGGUUUCUGACGGCGAAGAAGCCUUACUUUCAUACUACGAGGCAAAGUUGGCCAGAUUUAUCACCACUUUGGACGAUGCGGAAAAUGGAUUUCGCCAUGAAAUCAUUCCAAUGGCGAUCGCACAUGACUCUCAUGCAUCUCAAAGUCUAAAGGCUGCGAUUCUGGGCCUUUGUGCCUUUCACCUAGGCUACCAGGAAGAUGCACUACGAUACAAGGCUCGGGCGUUGCACUCCCUGAAGCUGUCCUUGCGAGCCGAAACAUCUGACUUGAUGAGUGCCCAAGUGGCAGCUUGUAUGAUGCUUUGCGUCUACGGAGUGUUCGAUUCCAGUGACGGUCAUUGGGCUGUGCAUCUUCAUGGAGCCAGAAGCAUAGCGGAGAAGUCCAAUCGAAGGACCAUUCUGUCACCUUUUCUUCGAAGCUGGCUUCUUUACCACGAAGUUCUAUCCCAGUUUUCUACGUCUCGUGCUGAUGGAGACAUUCAUCCUAUUCCGCAAUCAGGAAAGCCCAAGACUGUUAUAAUCGGAUCUCUUGGUUGUUCGGAGGAGCUGAUGGAGCUUGUUGCUUGCAUUAACAGUAUAACAUAUACAAAUCCUGGUCAAGAGUAUAUCGAGACGGUCAGACUCCGCCUGGCCAAUCUUUCUCAAGUACUCCAAGUCAAGGAGGACCAUCAUCACCUGGCAUCCUCUCCCAUUAUUGACAGACACCGUAUUCAGCAGACUGCCGACUUUUACCAUAUCGCCGCUUUGAUAUACUUUCACCAUCAUGUCCAACGUCUGACAUCUAAGCAUCCAUCCAUUAAAGCUUUGGUCCAGUCAGCUUUAAUGUUGAUAUCGCAACUGGGAAUAUGCACGAGCCCGUGGCCGCUAUUUGUCGUCGCGUGCGAAGUGACAGAGGAUGCAGAGCGACUUCAAAUCUUGGAAACUUUUGCUGGAAUGGAACGGCACAGGCGUAUUGGAAACAUAGCAGUCACGAGAAUGCUCGUUGAGACUCUGUGGAAGCAGCAAGACCUCUCAGACGAUGAUUUGGUGAGGACAAACCUUGACUGGAAAGCCAUUGUCGAUCUGGAGACCAUGAUACCAUCGUUCAUUUGA